CCGGAUGGCAGGAUAUACUGGUCUGAGCCAGCGUGUACCGGGAGCGCCUAUCAUUCAUCCGAUUCAAGUUAUGCCUCCUGAAUAUCAUCUCCAAUCCUUCUGGGACGAUCGCUUUGAGAAAGAACGACACUUCGAGUGGCUUGGAGACGGUCGGGAAACACUCAUCCCUAUCCUCAGCGAUCACCUCCGCUCCCUGUUGCGGCAGCAACGGGACCCUCCUCACGCCGCACCUCAAUGCCUCCAUAUCGGAGCCGGGACGUCGAAGCUCUCUGACCACAUUCGGGGCGCAUACAUCGAGGUCUAUGGCGAAGCGACUAAUGAAGGUGCUAUCGUGAAUUUGGACUUCUCAGAGGCUGCGGUCCAAAAAGGGAUAGAGGCCGAGAUUGCUCGUAUUCACCGACAAAGCCACGACCGCCGCAACAUCGGUAUGCAAUGGGUACAAGCUGAUGUUCUCAAGUGGGGAGACUUGGCACCGUUGCUCGGUAGCGACCCGAGGAGACAUGAAGAUGCGGGUCAACGCGCGCGCUUUGAAAUCGUCUUGGAUAAAAGCACGUCCGAUGCGAUUUCGUGCGGAGACGACAUAGUCGUUGAGGAUGGGCUGGCGCCAUCAGUUGCCAAUUCUCCUGUAGUUGAACGUCUGGCAGCACAGCAAGGAUAUCCCCUCCGACUACAACCAGUGAUACUCCUCGCUCUCCACCUCGCAAACUUAAUUCAUCCUGGAGGCCUUUGGAUCUCGCUAUCCUUCUCUUCAACUCGCUUUUCUUUCAUGCACGCUCCGGAGGGUGACGAUCGACGGAACGACGGGAUUCAGGCAGCCCUUUCCCGCUAUUGGAUUCUCGAACAGCACCGCACUGUAGAUGCACCCUCCGGGCAGACCAAGCCUGGCGUGUACGCACCUUCAAUCCAAUACUUUGUUUACGUGUUGCGCAGGACGGGAGUCGUUGUUGAGUAGUUGUCCGAGGCCAAUCGGAGACGAGAGGAGAUAAUGAACUUAAGCGUCAACACCGUAGUGCUAGGUACUAACUAUGUACCGCGUUGUAGGAGGAGAAAUAAAUGUGGUGUAUAUUGAA